AUGCCUGUCAAGUCGUCCGCCGCUGCUGGCACCAACAGCCACUUCAACCAGAAGCUGAAGAAUUUCUUUCGUAUUAAUAGCUCCAAUACCAAUGGAGAUAAAGAGAAGAGUCUCGAUCAUUCCUUGAAGUCAGAAAACAAAGUCGGCUUUCGUCAAUCUAGGAAGUUUUUCACCAACGUCGGUAGGAUUAGAUCGACUACCAUAGCGAGUGAGGGAAAUCCAUUGGACGAUGCCCUUAGUCCCACCGCGAAUGCGAACCCAUAUUUUGCCCACCAGGGCCAACCUGGCCUUCGUCAUCACAACGAAGGCUCCGUGCCGCCGAGUCCCCCCGAUACCCCAAGUCUAAAAGUUCAUGGUCCCGACGGCGAGAAAGAACAAGCCACGAAUGCCACGAAAGAAGAGUUAGCGAGAAAGUUGAGAAGAGUCGCGAGUGCCCCGAAUGCGCAAGGGCUCUUCAGUCAUGGGAAAGGUAGCGGGGAAAGACCGGCCACCGCAGAACUCGGAAAAGAGCCGCUAAUACAAGGCGAGAAUCUCGCUUCCCUAGGUUUCGUUGAUCCCAAAACCGCCAUUGCCGCAUCUAGAACCCUCACCGUUCCCGAGAAUGAUGGUCUUGGUGCUCUACCUCCACCAAGCCAAACCAACCUCGCUUUCCGCAGGACAUACAGCUCCAACUCGAUUAAAGUGCGCACUGUCGAGGUCAGCCCGGCCAGCUUCGACAAGAUUAAGCUCAUUGGCAAAGGCGAUGUUGGAAAGGUUUACCUCGUCAGAGAGAAGAAGAGCUCCCGGCUCUAUGCUAUGAAGGUCUUGAGCAAGAAGGAGAUGAUUAAGCGCAACAAGAUCAAGAGAGCAUUGGCCGAGCAGGAGAUUCUAGCGACGAGCAACCAUCCUUUCAUUGUGACAUUAUAUCACUCUUUCCAGUCCGAGGACCACCUCUAUUUGUGCAUGGAAUAUUGUAGUGGCGGGGAAUUCUUUCGGGCGUUGCAGACUCGUCCCGGCAAAUGUAUCCCGGAAGAUGACGCCCGGUUCUAUGCUGCGGAGGUUACAGCCGCCUUAGAAUAUUUGCAUCUAAUGGGAUUUAUCUAUCGAGAUCUGAAGCCAGAGAAUAUUCUACUUCAUCAGUCGGGCCACAUCAUGCUUUCCGAUUUCGAUCUCUCAAAGCAGUCAGACCCUGGUGGCAAGCCAACCAUGAUUAUGGGUAAGAACGGUGCUAGCACAUCGUCUCUUCCUACAAUAGAUACAAAAUCGUGUAUCGCCAAUUUCCGAACCAACUCGUUUGUGGGAACCGAAGAGUAUAUCGCCCCAGAAGUUAUUAAGGGCAGCGGGCACACAAGUGCUGUAGACUGGUGGACCCUUGGUAUCUUAAUAUACGAGAUGUUGUACGGCACAACACCGUUCAAGGGCAAGAACCGUAACGCGACGUUCGCUAAUAUUCUCCGCGAGGAGAUCCCAUUCCCGGAACACUCGGGGGCACCGCAAAUCUCAAAUCUCUGCAAGUCGUUAAUACGAAAACUGCUGAUCAAGGACGAGACCAGGAGGUUAGGUGCUAGGGCGGGAGCAUCCGACAUCAAGGCCCAUCCAUUCUUCCGCACGACACAAUGGGCACUUAUUCGACACAUGAAGCCACCCAUCGUCCCACAUGCAGGCCGUGGCAUUGACACGGUCAACUUCAGGAAUGUCAAGGAGAGCGAAAGUGUCGAUAUUACAGGAACGAGGCUCAACAAAGGUGUGCCGUUGGACAGUGGAUUGGCCACACCGGGCAAUGAAGCUGUCGAUCCUUUUGAAGAGUUCAACAGUGUGACAUUACACCACGAAGGUGAUCCUUACGACAGUGAUAGGUAA